GGCCGCGCCCCCUUGUCAAGCCAGAGCCAUGCUGGGCAGGUCCGGCUACCGGGCGCUGCCGCUGGGGGAUUUUGACCGUUUCCAGCAGUCGAGCUUCGGCUUUCUGGGCUCACAGAAAGGCUGCUGGUCACCGGAGCGGGGCGGCGUGGGGCCGGGAGCUGAGGUGCCCCAGAGCUGGCCCUCCUGCCUCUGCCACGGCCUGGUCAGCCUGCUGGGCUUCCUCCUGCUGCUGUUUACCUUUCCCAUCUCCGGCUGGUUUGCCCUGAAGAUUGUGCCCACCUAUGAGCGCAUGGUUGUUUUCCGGCUGGGCCGGCUCCGCACGCCCCAGGGACCGGGCAUGGUCCUGCUGCUGCCCUUCAUCGACUCCUUCCAGAGGGUGGACCUGCGCACCCGAGCCUUCAGCGUCCCUCCCUGCAAGCUGGCUUCCAAGGACGGGGCCCUGCUGUCCGUGGGCUCCGACGUGCAGUUCCACAUUCGGGACCCAGUGUUGUCGGUGAUGACCGUGAGGGACCUCAACACAGCCACCCGCAUGACAGCCCAGAGCGCCAUGACCAAGGCCCUGCUCAAGCGGCCGCUGCGGGAGAUCCAAACGGAGAAGCUCAAGAUCAGUGACCAGCUCCUGCUGGAAAUGAACGACGUGACCAGAGCCUGGGGGCUGGAGGUAGACCGUGUGGAGCUGGCAGUGGAGUCAGUGCUCCAGCCGCCACAGGACAGCCCAGCCGGGCCCAGCCUAGACAGCACCCUCCAGCAGCUGGCCUUGCACAUCCUGGGGGCAGGCACCCCUCCCCCGGGGCCAGAAGACACCCUGGAGAUGGUGAGUGAAGUGGAACCGCCUGCCCCGCAGGCCCCGCAGGCCCCGCAGGCCCCCAGCUCCAGCCCCAGCCCCAAGCUGCCCGUGGCUGAGGGGUUGCUGGCUGCCCUGCAGCCCUUCCUGUCCGAGGCCCUGGUCAGCCAGGUCGGCGCCUGCUACCAGUUCAACAUCGGCCUGCCGGGUGGCACCCAGAGCAUCUACUUCCUCGACCUUAGCACAGGCCCAGGGAAGGUGGGGCGCGGUGUGCCCGAUGGUGUGCCCGACGUGGUGGUGGAGAUCACUGAGGCAGAUCUGCGGGCCCUCUUGUGCAGGGAGUUACGGCCCCUGGGGGCUUACAUGAGUGGGCGGCUGAAGGUGAAGGGUGACCUGGCGGUGGCCAUGAAACUGGAGGCCGUGCUCAGGGCCCUCAAGUAGCAGCCCCAGCCACUGAGACCUGCAGCCCAGGCCCUGGGUCUGGAUGCAAGCCACGGGGGCCUCCAGGAGGAGACGGCAUCUGCCAAUCGUUCUGCACCUUGGAGAGGCGACCGCCAGGAACUCUGAGCCCAGCCCGCCCACCUCACCAGCCUCCAGUGGUUCUCAGGGCCAGCUCUUGUCCUGCAGGACCUGGGAGGUGAGCCACGCCCACCCGCUGGCCACCUGACCGGACAGGUGGGAGGCACAGUACGUAGCCUGAUGGCAACUGUCCCUGUGUGGGCAUCUGAGACACAGGGCUAAGGCCCCGAACUCUGAGGGGCCCCAGGGGACCCCAGCUGGGGGUGGGUACGGGACAGAGUGGACACCCCGACGCCUCUUCCAGCGCUGUUUUGCAUGCCCAACAAGCUGGCCAGGGCAGCAUGUAGGAAGGCCCUGUGUUCCUGUGGAAACCUUGGAUAAAUAAAUGUGGUCUGUACGACAUGUGGCCAAGGAGGGAGGAGGAGGAAGGGAGAGUGGGCUUGGGGGCAUGUUCAGAAGAGGGUCUGGGGCCAGGAGCAGCUUCACACCUGCCCAGCCCAGGCAGGCCAGGAGAGGGGCUGGGAACACGCACCAGGUGAAGAACAGCUCUUGCUUCCCAGAGUCGGGAAUGCCAAAACCGCAGUGAGCCGUUCCCUUUCCUCCUGUGAGGGACAGCUGGCGCCGGGGCUCCCUAGGGAAGAGUUCUGAAUUUUGUACAAGCCACAUUGGCCAUGAAUGAU